GUUUAACAGCUAAGUGCCAGGUUUAAGCACCCUUAAUAAGAAACUAGAAUAAUCAUGUGUUCAAAUUCUUUAUUUCUUAUUUAUUUAGCUUUCUGGACGAUUCAUCAAGAUAGUUGAAUGAGGUUCGAGCAAAUGACAAGCACACACAAAUUAGUUCUUGGAUCAUGGAAAAUUAGACACAACUUUCAUUUCAUUGCAUUUGUCCUCCUCAUAGCGUUUGUGAUUGCUGCUAUUUAUCUAACUCGGGAUAGUCGACGCUUCCUGGUACAGCAGACGACGCCUAAUGAUUCUACUCCGAGCUGCGAUUUGUUCUCAGGCAAAUGGGUUUAUGAUAACGUAUCUUACCCUCUGUACGAGGAGAAACAAUGUUCUUUCAUGGAGGACGCCUUCACGUGCGAGAAGUGUGGUAGGAAGGACUUGAAAUAUCAGAAAUGGCGAUGGCAGCCUCAUGAUUGUGACCUUCCAAGGUUAAAUGCCACUGCAUUGUUGGAGAAGUUAAGAGGGAAGAAGCUUGUGUUUGUAGGGGAUUCCCUGAAUCGAAACCAAUUCAAUUCGAUGCUUUGCCUAAUUGAGCCGUCGAUCCCUCCAUCAACAUCUAAAUCCCUGAUCUGGAAAGGCAACUCCAUCAUCUUUGAGGCCACCGACUACAAUGCGACGAUCGAAUUCCAUUGGUCUCCUUUGUUGGUUGAAUCUAAUUGCGAUGACUUAGUGAACCAUCGGGUACAAACUCGUAUAAUUAGAGUUAAGGCAAUUGAAAAGCAUGCUAGGCAAUGGACAGAUGCAGAUAUACUCAUAUUUGAUUCCUUUAUGUGGUGGUUGAAGCCAAAAAUGACACUUCUAUGGGGAUCAUUUGGAAGCCCUGAUGCAAUCUACAAAGAAGUUGGGAUGAGGCAUCGUCGCUUUGAAAUGGCUUUGAACACAUGGGCAGAUUGGAUGGAAUUCCACAUUAACAGAAACAGAACGAAGUUGUUCUUCAUGAGCUCCUCACCUUUUCACUUUGUAGGUGAAGAUUGGGGCAUGGAUACAAGUCGAAAUUGCUAUAAUGAAACCGAGCCAAUUUUUGAUGAGGGAUAUUGGGGAAGUACAACGGAUCGUGGAAUGAUGCAGAUAGUGGAAUCAGCAAUAUAUGAGCUCGAAACAAGGGGAUUAAAGCCACAGUUUCUGUCUUGGCCACUUCACAAUGAGGCGGGUUAUUCGACUGCUUUGCAUGAUGACGGCGCGGAUGGCAUCUGCUGGGAUAAGACGAAGCAUCUUUAGAUACAUGGCUGUUUUGCGACUGGACCUCCAAGGACUUCGCUGGCUGCAACUCCUCUUGCUCCCAGACAUGGCCCGUUGGAGAGCAAUUUCUCCAGCAUGGCUUUCAUCUGUGCAUUCUCCUCCUUCAACUGCUGGAUGUCCCUGUCGGAAUUAUUUUUCCAGUAAUUCUUUCUCCUCUGGCGAUGAGUAACCCGAUGAAGGCCUAGGCUGUCUACCGAAACUUCUGCGUGGUGGGAGGAUUCUUCCAUCCGUUCACGCUAGUUUCUACUAUUAUUGAAAGUAAUCCGAUUGCUGAAAAGGAUUUUGUAGUUGGCUUUUUCUAUGUUUUUUCAACCGUGAUUUUAGUAUUAGUUUACAACAGUUGACUUAAAGAUCUAUAGAUGUGAGAAUAUGGAUCUUUUAACUCCAUUAUAUUUAAGUGCUAUUUGUAUCAUUCAUAUGGAUUGUGCUUGUUUAGUUUUAGUAUGAACAAUUGGAUGAAAUCGACGGUUGGGAUUUAUUCUAUG